AUGUUGAUACGAUCAACGUUUCUUCUUUUGGUAUUAAUAACAACAAUUUCAACGAAUUCAUUCAUUGAAAAUUGGAAGAAUAAAUUGAAAAAAUUAAAAACAGAAACAAAAGAUAAAGUUACUGGAAAAAUACAAGAAAAAUCUCAAUGUCCAAUAGCUUGGCAAUAUUUUGCAGCAUCUUGUUAUUGGAAAUUUCCUAUAAAACGUUCAUGGUCUGAAGCACGAAAAGAAUGUGCUAGAUUUCGAGCUGAUCUUGUUGUUAUUGAUAGUGAUAAUGAAUUUGAUUAUAUUGCAAAAAAUGUUACUGAUUUAAGAGAAGAUUUCUAUGUUGGAUUUCAUUAUUUUAAUGAAUCUUGGUCAUGGAUAAAUGGUCGAGCUUUAUCAGAAUAUACAUAUUAUACAGAAGAAGAUUUAUGUGAAGAUCGUUUACCAGUUGAACCACGUCAUCGUUCAUGUGGAAUUCUUGAUCGAGCUCGUCGAGGACGAUUAUGUAUGAAUGUUGAUGUAUGUGAUAGAAAAUUAAAUUUUAUUUGUGAAAAAGUUGUUGAUCGAUGUAGUUCAUUAAAUGAUAUAUGUGGUAAACAUGGUCGAUGUGUGAAUACAGAUGAUGGACAAUUUCGUUGUGAAUGUCAUUUUCUUUUUAGUGGAAAUCGAUGUCGAUCAAUGAGUCAAGAAGGUAGUCAAGUUAUUAUGGCUGCAAUAUUUGUUAUUACUGCAUGUAUUGCACCAAUAUUUUUUCGAUCAAUAUAUAGAAUUGACUAUGGACUCCCGAAACAUAAAAUUGAUCAUCAGAAGAAACAAGAAAAGAAUCUUGAUAAUUUCUUCAAAUUAAUUUCGAAUAUUCCAUAUUCAAAUAUAUGUAAUUCUUCAACAUUUAUAAUUAUAUUCAGUACAUUUUUAAUAACAACAUUUUGUUUAUCAACAAUUCCAUUUGUUGAAUAUCGUCUUUCACUUUCAUCGAUAUCAAAUAAUAGCAAUAUAACAUUAACACAAAAAUUAAAUUCAACAUUUCAUCGUUUAUAUCAAUGUCGACAAUUUGAUAAUUAUGUUUGGCAAAAUUUUGUUUCAUUACCAUUAGCAAUUCUUGUUACAUUAAUAUGUUCAUGUUUAAAAAAACGUGACACUUUUUGUUUACAAUUUUGUCAUGGACGACCAUCAUUACCAAUGCCAUUUAAUUUAUUUGAUAAACGACAACGUCAUGUUGUUGCAGCUAUAUUUGGAAUAUCAGCAAAUGAAGUAUUAAAAAUUCUUGAAGAACUUCUAGUUCGUCUUAAUACAAAACAUAUUGCAAAUGAUGAAGGAAUUAUUAUUGAAUUAUUGAAAAGAAUUGGAAUUGUAUUAUUAAUUGGAAUGAGAUAUUUUCCAUUAUUAGUUAGUGUGAAUAUUCCGCAUCCAAUUGCUUAUGGUCUUGGAUUGAUAUACACAUUUAUUGAUGGUACAUAUACAUUAAUAUAUACAAGUUAUUGUUCUCGUUUUUCAUUAUUUCGUUUUGGUCGAACAUUACUUUUACAAACAACAUCAAAUGAAUUAACACAAUCAGAUUUAUUCUAUGUUAUAUUCAGAAAUUUACCACAUUUUACUUUAAUGUCAUUUGUAUUUGUUAAAUUUUUAUAUUUAUUAACUCAACAAUUAAAAUGUCAAUGUUGUCAACAAUCAACAAUGAUUUCAAAUCAUAAUAAAAAUGAAAAAAAUCAUCAAGUAUCACUUGUGUCAUCAACACUUUCAAUAGAUUUAUUAAAACCUGAUUAUCAAACUAAACCAGACUUUUAUUAUACUGAAGGUAAUACAAAACAAAACAAUUUUAUUUAG